UCAGUAAUUAAAUACCGUGGCUUUCAGUUGGUAUAAUUAAACUAUGAAACAAACUUUACCAACCCGGAUAUGAGAGAAAUCACGUUUUUAUUGCGAAAUGAAGCCCAGUCUUUGUUAAAUGUAAACUUACUCUCAUUUACUUUGAUAAAUAUAUCAGGGAAUCCCCGCUUAAUGACUCAGGAGCACGAUACAAAAAGGUCUGGGUCCGACUGUACCUACCUACUUAGUACAGCGAACAGGCGUUACAAUGUAUUUAGAUCUGACAAAAUACCGAUAGAGUGUGGUUCCCCAUUGACAUGAGAAAAAAUCAUUGAUUUUUUAUUAUUUAUCUGUCAAAAUAAUGAUGGUGUAUUAUGUUGAAUUAGUCCUAUGAGGCACUGCUAGGUAAUCUGGCGAAUUCAGUUGUGCAGACAGUGUGCAAGUCAGAUUUGAAUAUAUGUAGUGAAACUGAAAAAUUAAAUUCAUUAAACUCAUUGAGAGAAAGUUUAAAAUUCUAAUUUAUUCAAUCUGUGCACGGUAAGCUGCGGAUAUAAAGCUUCGGUUUAUUUGAAUGGUUUCUUUUGAAUGCACUUGUGUUAGUUAAGUAUAUGGCAUGAAUAAUUUAUUCAUCCCAGGGAUUCCCAAUCAGCCCCCGCCUGUCUGUCUGUCAGCAGGACUGUAGUCGCUAUACUAGUAGACUUAUGAAAUAACUGACAUUUUUUCACAUGCAUCGGACUUGUCAGCCAUUGAAACUAGUUAGCAGACGUUAUUCAACGUUCAAAUGUUUGGAUUUCUUCACGAUGCCUUGUCGAGACAGACACACAGUUCAAACAAAUAAAUGCUUGUAUUGAGCAGUGCAUUCAGGUGUUAAUGUGCAGGCGUAUUUUAUUUACGCUUCAGUGAGAAAUCGAUGAGAACUUGGCGAAAACCUGAUCUACCGGCUCCCGGGGAAAACAUGGCCGGAGUACUGCUGAAGAAGAGCGUGUAUUUCCUGGGGAUGUGGCGGACCAGUCGUCUGGACGAGGAGCUCGCGCGGGAAAUCGCCAGGAGGGCGCCAAAUGUGACCGCUCGCCACGCCCAGCUAGAAAUCUGUACCGUGGGGGUGAGACUAAUCACGCGGUCAGGGGCGGGAGAGAGUGUGAUCCGGAUGCCGUAUGUCCAGGAUAUCGUCAUAAAUAGAUACGAACCGACCUGUCUCCUGUGUGUGCUGAAAGAGAGCAGAAAGCUCAGCAUCAUUGUGUGUCGGUGUUACAACACCAGGGAUCCCUCGGACAUUGUGAAAUCGUUUCGAGCCUCUAAACGGGACAGUCGGAUCAUCGAAAGCGUUACAGAACCAAAGCGUCAAAUUGACACAGACACAAAGCGUCACUGGACGCCUCACUAUCCGCAGGAUAGAGCGAGGACGGGGCGGCAGGGGGAGAUAGGCAUCAGAACAAAGGGCCCAACUAGAGCCACCUACACGGAGGUGUGUCACGUGGGGAUACAGACCAGUCCCCAGGACCCGGAUGACGUCAGUUUAUCGCUGUCCUCCAUUCAGACCGGUGACCUCCGCGAGGAGUUGUCUCAUCUGUCCGAGGAGGUCAAGGCCAUCAAAAUGUUGAUUGAAAAAUCCACGGGAGUAGUUGAUGAUAAAAAGACUGAACCCAGAACAUAUCACAACACUGAUACUAAAGGGGAUUACGUAAAAGAACCAGAACCGAAGAAACGCGAAAAUCCGACGUUUGUUCGGGGAGAAUUCGUUUCGGCAAAAUCGCCGGGAUACCUCUCCGAUGAUGUAGAGGAAGUUCAAGACACUCGGGAAAUGUUUGGUGGCCGCCGACACAGUGGAGAUGCUAUCGACUCUGGGGUCCGGAGUUUUUCUGUGACAAAUUCUUCCGUGCACGGUGAACCUGAUGAAGCAAAGUAUAUCUACCAUAAUGGCAGCCACAGUGAACUGAAAGACAUUCAUAUCGAGAGGGUGGAUUCCGGUGAGGAGGACUUUAUACCACACGAAAACCCGUCGUCAUUUUCAGGCACCGCUCGUCUUACUACUUUUAUAACCGCACCCCCGGGCUUUCAGUCUCUGCCAGCCCCAUUGAGGGAUCGGGCAUACACCACACCAGGGCGGCGCUACCAUCGCCAGCCCAGAAACAUCUUACUUAGCUCUACAGUCCCCAAGUCUAUUGAGAAUGUAUAUCGCAGCACGCGCUCACACAGAAAAGCACACCGGUAUUCCAGGCAGGCGGUUACCCCGGAUGUGUUCCUAUCACAGGACGGAGAGCGGCGUCCGCGCUCACACAGUGCGCAUGAUCCAAACAGGGGGCGCUCAUUGACUAGCGAGGAGGACAUGGAAUUACGUAAAUCUCUUUACAAACUUUAUAACGAGGUUUAAACCCAUUUUUCUGUCACUUCGCAUGACGUCAUCAAUUUUCAGGAAACUUGUUGAGAAAAUAUUCAAGUUUAAAUCUGGCUAACAAAUACAUACUUAUUAUGUAUUCUUUAUUUUGUCACUGCUGGUAUAAUUUGUGAAGUGAAUGAUAUUGUAUUAUACUUUACGAUGAUGCGUGGCUGUUUUAUUUUCGCG